AUGCGAAGCGCCGCGCCAAAGAACUCAAAUAUUUUAAUCUGCUGCUCGCUCGGGCUGCCCCUUGGGAGCCACUUGCUGCUGCUGCUGCAGCUGCUGCUGCUGCCGCUGCAGCAACUGCUGCUGCUGCUGCUGCUGCUGCUGCUGCUGGAGGUGAAGGGGGGGAGGCAGCAAGCCCUGAGCCCUGGCGAGAGCAGCAGCAAGUCUUCUGUAGCGAAAUGUCUCUGUUUUUAUCCUUUCCCGGUGGCUGACUGUGACGGGCUCGCACAGCACAGACAGGGGAUCCUGCUGCUGCUGCUGCUGCUGCUGCUGCUGCUGCUGCUGCUGCUGCUGCUGCAGCUGCUGCUGCAGCAGCACAUGGGCGCGGGCAAACUCAGAGACUAUGAGAGCCCCCGCAGAGGGACUGAAGCGGUUGACAAUGCAGCGGGUCAAGGGGCACCUAAUCCACAUAUUGCUGCUGCUGCUGCUGCUGCUGCUGCUGCUGCUGCUGCUGCUGUUGGCAGCAGCAGCAGCAGCUGCCACGUCGAGGGCUGCGCUGCGAGGGAUAGGGAACUUUCUCUCGCCUGCUGCAUGCAGGCUUGGGGGGCCCCCUGGGGGCCCCCGCGGGGUGGAGGAGGGGUGGGCCUCUGCUGCUGCAGUUGCUGCUGCUGCUGCUGCUGCUGCUGCUGCUUCAUUUGCUGCUGCUGCUGCAUGCAGCAGCCGGGGGUCAAGCUGCUGCUGCCCCACAUGCAGCGAAGCAUCAUAAGGGUCCAAAAUGACAGCAGCAUCAGUUUGCAGCUGCGGCAGCGCGUGGCCAUAAAACUAUGGAAGAAGCCGAUCAGCAGCUCCUCAACUGUCUCUGUGUUUUUGUCAUAUUUACUCAUCACAUUCUUUACAAUCCAGUCGCUGUCAGAAGCAAAAGGCAAACGGCUGGGAUCGUCUCCAGAUCGAUCCCCAGCAGGCCUAGAGCUGCUGCCUGCUGCUGCUGCUGCUGCUGCUGCUGCUGCUCCUGUUGCUGCUGCUGCUGCUGCUGUUUGGGGACUCUCUGCAGACGCCUCCGGAAGCUCGAUGCUUCUGUGA